UUAAAUGGAGUGAAAGUUGGUUCAGAAAUCCCUCACAUGUUCCUCAGCUGCACAAAAGCAUCAACACAAACUUCACAUGACAGCCAGUAGAACUACAUUGAUUUGAUGUUUGUUCCUUUCAGACUCUGUUGAGCGGAGUUUGAUUCACCCAAUAAUUUCAUUUCAUCAAAGUUCAAUUAUUGCUUUUAAAAAGAACGUUCUCAAUCUGGCUUGUAGGAGGAGCUGCUGAGCUCGGCUCCUCAUAGGUCCGCAGCUCACACAUAAAAAGCGACGCUCCGCAGCUCGCGCUCACAUUCGUCUUUGUGUUUCCACAGAAGAAGAAAACAAAAUGAGCGGAAGAGGAAAAGGAGGCAAAGGUCUCGGUAAAGGAGGCGCCAAGCGGCACCGUAAAGUUCUCCGCGAUAACAUCCAGGGAAUCACCAAGCCCGCUAUCCGCCGUCUGGCUCGCCGCGGGGGAGUCAAGCGGAUCUCCGGUCUCAUCUACGAGGAGACCCGCGGUGUGCUCAAGGUCUUCCUGGAGAACGUCAUCCGUGACGCCGUCACGUACACCGAGCACGCCAAGAGGAAGACCGUCACCGCCAUGGACGUGGUGUACGCUCUGAAGAGGCAGGGCCGCACUCUGUACGGCUUCGGGGGUUAAACCGACAACUUUGCUCACUCGACCAAACAAAGGCCCUUUUCAGGGCCAAACACUGAUCGGCUCAUGAGCUGAAUUUCUGUCAAAUCUUAACAAGGUACUACAGAUUUUUGGAAAACUGAUUGUAAGAAGCAUUGCUCCUUAAAGUGUUUUCUGAUUAUUUAUUUUAUUUUUUUUACAUUUAUUUAUCAAUUUUCUUUGCUUGUGUCUUGCUACUUGACACACAACCCAGGCAGCAGAGCGCCUUCCUCUCCGCUUCUGUUAUGAUUUGCAUAUUCACUCCAAAAAUUAUUUUACUAUUGAAACGGCUUGUAACGGAUAGUAAACUAUUUAAAAUAAAUUGCCCAAAUAAUUUAAGAAGCAGGUUGAGACAAUAGAUUUAUGAAAAUGUUUACAUGUAAAUAAUCGUCCGAGCUUAGAUCUCAUUUCAGACAGACGUGGUGGCAUCAGGUUAGAUCAUGAAGAGAAAGUUUGGAAACAAAAGCCGUCAGUUUUCCAGAGAGAUAAAAUGUUUUAUUGUCGCUUCAGGAAGGAGUUUGAUUUGCUGCUUCAGCGUAAAGAAAACGUUUUGCCAUCGCUAACAGAAAAGAAUAUUAUUUUGUUCUGUCUGUUUCAGUUUAAUUUAAAAAAUUUGUAAAUAUUUUCCUGAUCUUAAACCGGAAACUCAGCAUACAAGCUGGUUAUUAUUUAUCCUAUCAGGAAACAGAAGUGUGUAAUUUACUUUUGAUAUGUAGAUUUUAUUUUUAUUUGUCUGCAGAUAAAGACAACCUUAAUAUUUAUAAUGUGAAAGACAUAAAUGUGAUCAACUUAACAGAAGUCAGAAACCAGCUACAGAUGUGUGGUAACUG